GACUUGUCUUGGAGUAAAACAAGUUUUGAGAGUACCACUCAAUCUCAUCAAGCUUUCACAGAAGAAACCAAAUACUUCUACUUUGAGAGUGCUUACACAUUUCAUCGUUUUUCUUGAUUCUUUCAGAAAAAAAUGGCGGAGGCCGUCUUUUCUGCGUUCCUCGGAGUACUGUUUGACCGUCUGGCAUCUCCUGAGUUGCUCAAUUUUUUUCGCCGAGAGGGACUUGAAGAAAAGGGGGACAAGUUGAGAAAAAUGCUGUCCAAAAUUGAAGCAGUGCUUGAUGAUGCGGAGGAGAAGCAAGAUAAUCGCGUGGCAGUGAAAAAGUGGCUCGAUGAUCUCAGAGACUUGGCUUAUGAUGCGGACGACGUACUGGAUGAGUGUGCAACGGAAGCUCUGCGACGCAAGGUGAUGGGAGGAGAUGAUCAGGCCACCACAAGUAAGGGAAUCAAACGCAAGUUUGCUUCUUUAGUAACUAGUUUCACUCUAAGUGCUGUUUUGAUCAACACGAGGCUGGGGUCAGAGAUGGAGGGGAUCACUGCUCAAUUCGACAACAUGGUGAAGCAAAAAGAUGAUCUGAAGUUGAGUGAAAAUGUUAGUAGGAGGUCAUCCGCAAGAAGUCAGACAGUGGCCCCAACUUCUGUAGUGACCGAGGCUCAUGUUUAUGGCAGGGAAAAAGAUAAAGAGGCUUUACUUCAAUUUUUGGUGGGCGAAAAACGUAGUGAUGCUCAACUCUCUGUGCUUGCGAUACUUGGUAUGGGUGGUAUGGGUAAGACUACUCUUGCUCAGCUUGUGUACAACGAUGAACAAGUGCAAAGCUUUUUUGAGCUCAAAGCAUGGACUUGUGUUUCUGAAGAUUUUGAUGCUAUUAGGGUGACCAAAACAGUUCUACAAUCUGUCAAAGGAAGCAGUGAUGACCAUGAUCUGAAUUUGUUGCAAGUCAAUCUAAAGGAGAAACUGAAAGGAAAGAAGUUUUUAGUCGUUAUGGAUGAUCUUUGGAAUGAGAACUACCAAGACUGGACUCGUCUACGUGCUCCUUUUGAAGCAGGGGCUCCAGGAAGUACGAUUCUCAUCACUACUCGCAAUCAUGGAGUUUCAUCAAAGACGGGUACCUUUCCAGCUUACUCUUUGAAUGAAUUGUCAAAUGAUUUUUGUUUGUCUAUAUUGGCCCAUCAUGCAUUGGGUACAAAAGACUUCAAUGCACAUCUGAACCUCAAAGAUAUUGGUGAGGAACUCGCUAGAAGAUGCAAAGGCUCUCCUUUGGCUGCGAAGGUACUUGGAGGCGUCUUACGCAAUAAAGUAGAUCGUGAUGAGUGGGAAGACGUAUUGAAUAGCAAUAUAUGGGAUAUAACAGAAGUGAAAAAUGAAAUUUUUCCACCUCUUAUGUUGAGCUAUCACCAUCUCCCUUCACAUUUAAAGAGGUGCUUUGCGUUUUGUUCAAUAUUCUCCAAGGAUUACGUAUUUGAGGAGAAGCAGUUGGUUCUACUAUGGAUGGCAGAAGGUUUAAUUAAGCCGCGGGAAGGGAGAAAGCAAAUAGAAGAUUUGGGUAGGGAGGAUUUUCGCAAUCUAUUGUCGAGGUCAUUUUUCCAACGAUUGUUCAACGAUGAAUCAAGAUUUGUGAUGCAUGACCUCAUCAGUGAUUUGGCUCAACAGGUUGCAGGUGAUGUAUGCUUUAGAAUAGAAGACAAAGUUGGGGGUAAUAAUGAAGGGAAACCUUCUAGAAAGGCUCGGCAUUCAUCUUACUUGGGUAGUGAAUAUGAUGCCAUUAAAAAAUUUGAGGUUUUUAAUGAUCUCAUGUGUUUACGAACCUUCUUGCCUCUUGUGCUUUCGUAUAAAAAUUAUUACUUGACUCGUAAUGUUCCUUUUGAAUUGUUGCCAAAAUUAAGACGAUUAAGGGUACUCUCUUUGAAUGGAUACGACAUAUAUGAGUUACCAAAAUCAAUUGGUGAUUUGAAGCAUCUAAGGUUCUUCGACCUUUCUCACACUAAAAUAAGAAGCUUGCCCGAAUCAGUAUGCACUCUUUACAAUUUACAGGCAUUGAUAUUGGAGAGUUGCUAUUCUCUAAAGAAAUUGCCUUCAACAUUUGGUAACCUACUCAACUUGCGACAUCUCAACAUUCAAGGAGCAGAUGCAUUGGAAGGAAUGCCUCUGCAAAUCAGUAAAUUAACUUGUCUCCAGACAUUGUCUCAUCUAAUUGUUGGAAAAGAUAGUUGUUCUGGGGUAAAAUUAUUAGGGCCUUUGUUGCAUCUUCGAGAUACACUUUGUAUUUCCAGAUUGGAAAAUGUAAUUAAUCAUGAGGAUGCAAGGGAUGCUAAGUUAUUUGAAAAGAAAAAUCUCUCUGGGGUGUCAUUUGAAUGGAAUCGGAACAUAGAUGAGUCACACGACAGAGCACAAGAAUUAGAAGUACUUAACAUGCUAAAACCUCAUGAGGGGCUGAAAGAGCUCACCAUCAGCAACUAUGGUGGUACAGAAUUUCCAAUGUGGCUAAGAGUUCCUUCAUUUUCUAAUAUGGUUCUCUUGAAGAUUGAAAGUUGUGCAAACAAGGUGGGAGGCGAGGUCAUCGAUUCAAGUCCCACCGGGUGUGUGUAA